AUGAGAUCGAAAGUAAGGAUUUAGGAAUACCGAGAGAUUUUUAUGCGUCACAGUGACAGAUUUUUCGAACCCGUGCGAAACUGUGUCGAACUUUUUUUGGAAGCGUUCGAACAAAGAUUUGCGUCAAACAGCCCAUUGCAAUUACAUUUUAGGUGACUUUGAUCAAUUAUAGUUUUGCGUUUUGAUUGUUUGAACUGUAAUAAGAGAAGAAUUUAUAUUCAACAUGCUCCACUAUGUUCUUGUUAGAAAUUUAGUUGUUAUGAAGGGGAGCCUUCAGAUUUCGAUGGAAUCUAAUGGUCCAUGGAUUCUGAGGUCCUUGUACAAGCCUUACGUCCUGUGUAGGCUUAAUGAUAAGGCACAAAACAGAGAUUAUCAUCCUUUAAAUUAAGGAGCUCCUUUGCCAACUUUAAUGCAGAAAAAUCCAUUUUUCUGUCAUCUUCCGGCGAUUCCCAAUCUCUGCAGCACUUCUGACGUUUAUUCACCCUUUUGCGGUCACAUAUAGGACACGCAAUUGUGCUGUGUAUCCGACAUAUCAACACAUUUGUGGUCUCUCAAACGACUUUUGGCGCUCCACCACUUUCUUUCUGCGAGAGAGGCUGCGCUUUUCGCAGGGCGAAGGGAGAACAGAGAGGGCUUAGGCUUAGUGCGAGUAGGCUUAGCGUCCGCUUUUCCCUUCAUUUUGUGGGGGGUAGAGUGUAAGGCGGGUGGUUUAUAAAUGUAUAGAAUACUGGCAGUUAUGUUGAGAACGAGAAUAAUUUAUAUUCUAGUAGGUUUGGCGGUCGGAAAUACAAUCCUAGGCUUGUAGAAGAGAUUGAUAGCUAAAAUUUUGGUUUUAUAAACCUAUUAUGAACUCUUUUUCUUAUUGAAAUACCCUGUUUAAUAUAGAUAUUCGCGUUUAUUUUUAUUUGAAAAUUUAUUUAACUACAACAAGAAUGUCGCAAUUUCAGAUGAAACCGAUCAAAAUCGAGCCGCAGGACGCCCAAGAGGUCACCGAAGUCACUCAAAGCGAGAAAAAACGGCGCGGACAUUACACAGUCCUAGAUGACUUGGAAUUGAUCCGAUAUUUUUUGGAGAAGCAUCGAGCCGGCGAUGUCGAAGCUCAACGAAAACAAAGCCGAAAGUUGUGGGAGCCAUUGAUAGAGGAGAAAAAGUGGACUAGGCAGCCAAGUGCCGUCGAAUCACAGUGAGUUUAGCCGUCGUUUAUAAUGUUUUUUUCAGCUUCCGUAAGAAUGUAAUCAAAAAGUUGUUCGACUUUGAUCUUCCCGCAGAAGAUGUGUUUCUAUUGGCCUAUCAUUUUGACGUUGCAAUGGGAUCAGUGGAAAAGGCUUCGUAAGUUAAUUGAAGUUAUAUUACACUUGAUGUUUGUCUUGAUUUUUGGUGUUAACAUGAGAUCUCUUUAGGUUAGAAGCAAGAUACAACUGUAGAAUAGAGACAAACAGCUUCGGUGUGUUCUGUGGAGCUUUUGGUAAGAAUGGAGAGCCUUUGCAUCAGAAUGGAUUACAAGAUAAAGGCGUUUCUUCGGAGAUUAAGGGGGCCCCGGUGAGAAGAAGACGACCAAAACCGGAUUUGGACAGGUGGGAAAUCGCUUUAUCACAAUUAAAAGACGAUAGUUGGUGAUUAACGAUUUUAUUUUUAAAUUUCAGCUCAGUACAAAUCACAGCCAAACGUCCCAGACCCGAAAAUACAUCGGAUAUUGUGAGUGUAGUCUCAAUUCCGGAAAUUAAAGUCGAAGAAGGUGCCGAAGGAACCUCAAAGAAUGCGACGACAGAAGAAAUUUUUGCGUAAGCGAUUAAUUUUGAGAUUUUUUGAGCAAAAAUUGAUGUUUUUGGUUAUUUAUUUUUUAAAUUUCAGCAGUAUAAAGGACGUUUUGGACCGGAUAAAUCUUGAUACGCAACCUCUUGAUCGCUCAGGUCCUAUGAAAACUCCAAUUGGUGGAUCAUCAGUUUAUGAAAGAACAAAACGAGCGUUGAAUGAUCGACUUGUAGCUGUUGUUAAUGGAAGGUUGCAGCCGGGAAUGUUGGAUGAUCUGCCAAUCUUUCAGAAGGCUAAAGGAUGCAGUGGGAUGAUAAAAAUGGUAAAUUUUAAAAAAAUUUUUUUCGAACUCGCACGCGGAGUUGGACUAUUGGGGAAAAGUACGAUGGGAAACCGAAAGGUGUUAUGUGCACUGUGCAAUCGCAAUUUCCUCUUCCUGAUUGCACCGUGCGAGCGGAAUUGGGACGAAACCGAAAAGUAUUAUUUUUCUUCGGUGCAAGUGUCGAAAGUAGGAUAAUCGAAGGCGCUGAUUUCGAAAAUGACAUUCAUUUUUUUGAUAGUUACGUUUUUCCUUAAGUAGUACUGUAAAGUAGUAAUUUUUUGAUUUUUUUUCAUAAAUACUUGAUUUGGGGGGUUUAGAUGGUGAUGAUUUCGAAAAUCUUAUUCAUUUGUUCUGAUUUGGAAGCAUCAACAUCGAAAACCCCCAAAUCGAAUAUUCAUGAUAAAAAUUUUAAAAAAGUACUACUUUACAGUACUACUUAAGGAAAAAAGUAACUAUCAAAAAAAUGAAUGUCAUUUUUGAAAUCACCACACUCGAUUACCCUAAUUUCGACACUUGCAUCGAAGAAAAAUAAUACUUUUCGAUUUCCCCAAUCGUCCGUUCCGCUCGCACGGUGCAAGUUAGGGGAAAUUGCGAUUGCACAGUGCAAAGAAAGUCUCUUCUUUGAAAUUUGUAAAUUAUUUUUUAUUUUUAGCUCACAGAAAUCUUGACGACAGUAAUCACCGGGUCCGAGGAUGAUCUAAAAAACUUUGACAAGACGCAUGGCCUAUCCAGCAGUAGUCCGAGGAAAUCCCCGGUUACUUCAACUCCAUUGCGAAGACCCAAGAGUGCGAUGCGACAAUUGGAUGAAUUGUUUGAUGUGGAACGCCCCGGAAUCAAUGUUGACGGACUUUUUGUGGAUCUGAGGAGUGAAAAUGGCCAGGAGCGUCAAGAUAAAAUAACUCUGAAUGAUAUGAAGGUGAGAUUUUGGGUUUUUUUGGGGAUAAUGGGAUUAAUUUUUAUUUUUGAAACUUUUAUAAUCUAAAUUUUUGAAUUUUUUUUCAGAAUGCUCAAGAAGUGUCUCUAAAUGCUUCUGCGGAGGAGGUUCGGAUGAAUGUUUCAACGGAUUUGAAUGAUCUUGUCAUUGAUGAAGGACCUGAAGCUAUGGAAACAGCUGCAGCAGCUCCAGUUGAAGAAAACGACAAUCCUCAUCCGAAGGAUUCUGAGAAAAAGUCAGUGGAUGAAUCGAAAAGCCGCCGGGAAAUAACUUUUGAUAACGAAGACUUGUUCGUUUCUAUGGAGUUGGAAGAAACUCGGUUUUCAUUGGACCCGACAAGCCUGGAUAAUAAUGGUAAGUUUUUACUGGUUUUUUGAAUCGAUUUUGAUGUGUAAGACUUGUAAAAAUUGUGAAAAUUUUUUUGAUGAUUUUUUAGAAAUUCUCUUAAUUUUUUUUAUUGUUUAAGCUCUUGUCCGAGCGCCAACUUCCAAUGCCCAAAGACCCCCUGCGGAACUCCUUCUCCGGCUUCUCCAUGGCAUGUCAACCAAAUCCAAUUCCUCUCAAGUUCAUUGA